AUGUCAACGAGACGUUUCCUAGCAAAGGUGCGAGCUGAGAUCCCCGGCCACCCCAAAUUCCAAUGGAGAGAAGCGAGGAUGGAUGAGCGAUGGUGGGAAGGACACCUGGCAUUGGAUAUUCACUGUACGCUCAGAGAAAAGGAGCUGAAGCUGCCUGUCUACAAAGCCCAGUCCCCCCUCCUUGAGAGCCGAAGGUAUUUUGUUGACUUAGUUUCUGUCCUCAGCAACCACUGCAAAAUCUGCCCCACAGCCAGACACCUGGCUGUCUACCUGCUGGACCUCUUCAUGGAUCGAUACAACGUGACUGCAAAGCAGCUGCAUAUCGUGGCCAGCUGUCUUUUGCUAGCAAGUAAAUUUGAAGAAAAGGACGAUCGAGUGCCAAAACUGGAACAGAUGAACAGCUUGGGCCUCCUGUGCAGCCACCAGCUGGUGCUGAGUAAGAAGGAACUUCUCCAGAUGGAGCUGCUCCUCCUGGAAGCUUUUGGAUGGAACCUCUGCAUGCCGACCCCAGCCCACUAUGUGGAUUACUACCUCUUGUUCUCUCUUGGGGAGAAGGACCUCUGCAACAACUGGCCCAUCUUCUCUUUCUCGAAAACCAAAGAUUUCUUGGAGAAAUAUGCUCACUACUUUAUGGAAGUCUCAUUACAAGAUCAUAUUUUUCACAGCUUCCCACCAUCUAUGGUAGCUGCAGCCUGCAUUGGGGCCUCUAGGAUUUGCCUGCAGUUCUCUCCCAUCUGGCCCAGAGACCUGGAGAGAAUAUCACACUAUUCUAUGGAGCAGAUCAGUCCGUGUGUUCAAGUCAUGCUGUUGGCUUUUGACAGUGACUUCAAAGAUUCCAACAAGAAAUAG